AUGAAUAUAUACUCUGAGGUGGCAACAACACCUACGACGACGACAACAACAACUACUACUACAACUACAAUACCCACGACAACAGCAUACAUAAAUACCCACCAAUGUCAACAUCAGUUACUAUCCGUGCAACUCCUAAACAAAGUAUCAAGCUCACACCCGGGGGCAUUCGUGUGUCCCGGCUCAACCACACGUACAUCCCACGAGGCUCUCGUGCUGAGUAACUGUCUAACCGUCAAUAAUGAUACCACAUCUUGGGUGUUCGGAAAACAGGUGAUGUCGAGUUGCCACAAUCUCCCACCAUUCACAGCCGUAGCUGCUUUUGACAACAAUCAAUAUGUUUCGCAAGGAGGGCUCUCUGGAAUCAUCAUGGAAUGCACGCCCAAUGGAUUUAAGAUUGCGGUUCAGGAGUGUGGCCUUGACCCUGCCAUCGUCACCAUAACAACACAGGGAGUCAACCUGAUGGACGCCUUAAACUACUAUACAAUUAUUUAA